AUACGCAUGGCACAAUGGGUUCGAAGACUCCUGAAAGAGAUGGCCAUAAGGGUCAAGAAAACACAACCGGUCCUGUCGAGUGCCCCCUUGGUGGAAUGCCGCGGGGCAUGCAUCUCGCAACGGACGGAGACGGUACUAUCGGAGACAGCGGCGACGAUGAUGACGGCGAAGCGCACUCGACCGCGCUAAUCAAUGCCAAUGCGAAUGGUAAUCAGAAAAAGAAGAGAAAGUCAAAGAAGAAGGGCAAGAAGAAGGCUGCAAAGCAAUCUUCUCCUCCUAGAGUCCCGCUGUCUCAGCUCUUCCUGCAGGGCAAGUACCCUAUCGGCGAGGUCCAGGAGUACCAGCCCAAUGUGGAAAACACCUCACGCACCACGGCCGAGGAAGUACGCUACAAGUCUCGCAGUCAUCUCGAGGAUGAUUCGUUUUUAAACGACUAUCGAAAGGCUGCGGAGGUCCACCGCCAGGUCCGAAAGUGGACGCAGGAGCGUGUCAAACCAGGCCAGGGUCUAAUGGAAAUCGCCGAGGAUAUCGACGAUGGCGUGCGUGCACUCCUAGGCCACGCUGGUCUUGAACCUGGCGAUAGCCUUAAGGCUGGGCUGGGUUUUCCGACAGGACUGUCUCUGAAUAAUGUUGUAGCGCACUACACGCCUAAUCCUGGACAAAAGGAUAUCAUUCUCCAGUCAAGUGAUGUGAUGAAGGUCGAUUUCGGCGUUCACAUCAACGGAUGGAUUGUGGACAGUGCCUUUACGAUGACUUUUGAUCCAGUCUACGACAAUCUUCUGGCCGCAGUCAAAGAUGCCACUAAUGCCGGCCUAAAGACCGCGGGAAUCGAUGUCCGUAUUAGUGAUGUUAGCGCUGCCAUCCAAGAGGCUAUGGAAAGCUACGAGGUCGAAAUUGGAGGGAAGACAUUCCCCGUAAAGGCAGUACGGAACAUUACUGGCCAUAAUAUCAAGCAUUACCAGAUCCAUGGCGGGAAAUCUGUUCCUUUUGUCAAGAACUCCGACCAGACAAAAAUGGAGGAAGGAGAGAUUUUUGCCAUAGAAACUUUUGGGAGCACUGGCCGGGGCUAUAUAUAUGAUGAUGUCGGUGUUUACGGCUACGGAAAGUCGUAUGACGCACCGCGCCAGGUGUCUUUGCCUCUGGCUUCAGCAAGGUCCUUAUACAAGACGAUCAACGAGAACUUUGGAACCAUCGUUUUCUGUCGCCGCUACCUGGACCGUCUGGGGUUGCAGCGGUAUCUGGCGGGUAUGAAUACUCUCGUGCAGCACGGAGUUGUCGACGUUUAUGCACCUCUUGUUGACAUCAAGGGGUCGUACUCUGCCCAAUUCGAGCAUACCGUCUUGUUGCGAGAGUCAAAUAAGGAAGUCAUAAGUCGCGGAGACGAUUACUGAGCUUUCUAACCGGAAACUAGGCGAGGCCUAAGGCUAACCCAGGUCUCUGCCAACGUAGUACAACACUACUCUUUCAUCUGUGCGUGAUUACUGAAGCUUGCUACCUACUAUAUUCGUUCCUUCAAUCUAUCGAACUCAGCUCGAAUACUAUCUCAAUUACUUAUUUAAGC